UGGGCCCCAACAACAAAUGGUCCCUCGUAUGGACCAUGCCCCUUCAUUCCCUCAUCUCCAUUCUACUAGUCACCAUCACUGCUCUGCAUUCCCAUCCGUCCUUUCAAGCCAUAGCUCCCCUCGCCAGCCAGCCAUGUUCCUAGACUCCGAGCGUCCGCUCUUCUCCUCACCUCCUCCCAGUGCCUGCUCACCGCCGCGCAUGCCGAUAUCCCCGCCAUUAGAUGCCUCGAUGUCCGCGUCAGCACCAAUGAUGAUGGGCCACAUGUCCCCCCCGUCGUUUUACGACGGGCAAUUCGACUCGUCCUACGGUGGCCCGUGUCCUGCGGGGUUGCCGCUGGCCAGUUCCCCUUCCCCCCCGCUGUUAGACUCUCCUCCACCCCCCCACCCGAUGCACUAUUACGCGCAGCCGCGCCCCCCGAUGCACCUUCCGCCAGGCGCGCACAACGGCAUGGCGCAAAUGCUUCCGCAAAUACCGCACCAUCUCCCCCCGAGCGCGCACGAGAUGGCAGCCGCGCAGGGGAUGCCGCCGCUCCUACCGCCGUCGGCGCAGCAGCUGCAAGGAGCGCCCGGGUACGGCGGCGGGGACCUAUGCGACUUGGAGGACCCCGCGUACUAUUCGACGCUACUAUACCGCCCGGACCAGCAAGUCGUCGUGCUGACGUCACGGAUUAAGGACAAGGUGUCGGCCGUGGAGAAGACGCGGUGGCUGGACCAGCAGCUGUCGUACCGCCAGUGCCCCUACCCCAUCCGACACAUCGAGUUCACCCACGCCGGGGAUGCCGUCGUCGAAUUCGUGUCCAACGCUGCGAUGGCGAAGUCGCUGCAGCAGUCGUCGCUCAAGUGGGGUCGCCCUGCGUCGCAGGACGUCGCCACGCGGCCGUGCACGGAGGACGACAUCCGCGCGCUCUUCUGGGUGGGCGUCGCGGCGCCCGGCGCGACGAGCGCGUCGCUCAUGGAGCUGCUGCCGCAAGUCCGACAGGCGUUGCAGCAGUACGGCGAAGUGAGAGGCGAGUACGCCCCGCACCCGUCCUCGCCGGACGUCAACACCCCGCCGCACCUGCGCGCGCCCCCGCCCUCCAUGCUCAAGCUCUACUUCGCCCCCUCCGGCCGCCGCCGCCUGCCGCCCUCGAUCCACGUGUCGCGGCCUGAUAGGCCCAAGGGUUUCCCCCCAGUGGUGGCUCGAGUGUUCACCCCGCACGGGCACGGCCCUCUGUCAGUCAAGUGCGUUGACUUCGGCCCCUUCCACUCCGAAUACGGCUGCCCUGACUGCUGUAGCCGCCAUUUCAACGGCUGGGGCGCUUAGCCAGCGUUGGGCUCGCGGUAGCGGCAGCAGCAGCGGAAGCAGCAGCAGCAGCAGCAGCCAAGUGACCAGGAAUGGCAGCAGCUGCCAUGGCAUUAGGAUGCUUCCGACAUCAGUUUGCAGAAGCUCGUUCGAUUCAACCCGCACUGCACUGACCAGCGACACCACCACCCCUAGGGUGCAAUCAGGGAUGAAAUCCAUUGAUCUACGUACAGGAGGGAGUAUGGGGAGAGAGAUGCUGUUAGCUGGCUUCUAUUUACCACUAACACAUGCACCGGCUGCUAUACUGGGAAGCUGCAAAGUCCUCUUCUGCUGCCAGCUUCUAUACUGGUAGUUAGCUGCAAAGGAUAGAGUAGCUAGCGAUGCCAUGCCACGGCGAGUAGGGUUGAGCAUCACCACAGUAUGGUUGGCACAAUGUGGUGUGCGGGUAUGGCUAUAAAUGUAGCUACCAGCUCACACAUUGCACUGUAUGUGCUCGGCAAGCACUUCAUGUUUUCCUAUUGCUAGGUCUAUUUCCUAAAUAAUAUUAUGUAGGGUACAGAACUUGCUGUGGAACGUCGGGGAUGCCUUAUCUGCGUUUUUGUCUAAAAC